AUGUUUGCCCCGACCCCGGCUCCAAAAUCAUCAUCACACCAGCAACAACAACAGCAAUAUCAAAAACCUCGUCCCCCACAACAGCAGACUAAUGGACUACAGCAACAGCCUACCGUCACUGUCAGAUCCGCAAAACCACUCCCUGUUAUCACUCCUGUCGAUGAAAAGACGGAUACUCCUGGAUCGUCGCCAGCACGAACAGUCGGAUCAUCAGCACCAAGCACUACAGGCGGAUCCAUUCUAACACUCGCAUCUGCAGACACUGCUCCUAUGCCUCCUCCAGAAGUAAUGGAACGUAUGCUCGAACUUCUCCUAGAAGAUCUUAAUCUCACAGAAGACAAGAAGAAAACCAUCCGUGACAUCCCCGCUGAUCGCAAAUGGGUCAUGCUUCAACAACAUCUAGGUGAAAGAUAUAGAGCUGGUGUUAUUACUGGUAGUACCUCCAACGCCAUAUCCGCUGUGCCCUCGUCGGGAAUAUCCGCUGAUGGGUCUGUAGAGAUCAAGAAAUUGAGAGAGGAUCCGACACCAGAGCUGCUGAAGGACUUGGUGGUGUGUUUGAGGAAUAGACCUGUCAGGUGGAUUUCAGACUUUGUGGAGAGUGGAGGGCUGGCUUCCUUGUUGGAUAAUUUGAAAGAGCUGGAGGAUAAGAAGAGGCCUAUUGAUGUUGAGGAGAGGAGAAAACAUGAAGAAUUCGAAGAACUCUACAUCAAAUGUCUGAAAGCACUCAUGAAUAACAAGAUUGGAUUAUACGCAGUCCUAGAUAUGGACGGUGCCAUGGAUGUCAUUGCUCUAUCACUACGAUCCCCAUCAGUUCGAACAAGAGCCACAGUCCUAGAAAUAUUUGGUGCGGUAUGUUUCAUACCAGAAGGUCACAAAUGUGUGCUGGAAGGAAUGGAUGCCAUGGCUAGCACCUCUGGGCUACGAAGUCGGUUUGAGAUUGUCGUGUAUUCGUUAUGGCAGAGCUGUCAGGGAACUACGCCGUUGGAUGAAGAACUUCAAGUCGCCAGUAUGUCAUUCAUAAACGCCAUCAUUCUCGGUGGUCCUGGUAUCAAUCUCGAUUUCAGAAUGCAUAUGAGAUAUGAGUUUAUACAGUUGGGUCUUGAGCCAUUAUUAGAGGUCAUUGAAGAAGUCGAGAAUGAUCUACUACAGAAUCAAAUCGAUGUCUGGGUUACCAGUCUCGAGACUGAUGAGGAAGAAUUGUAUUCCAAGAUCGAUUUAUCGACUGUUGAUGUGGAAGAUAACGAAGACAUAUUCUGGGCAUUGAAUGAUUCUAUGGCACCUACCAGUUGUGGACCACAUUGGUCAAACUUGCUGCAGCAUUUGUUGUUGUUGCCAGCUAAUCCCUUCCAAAAAAUGAAACUAAUGUAUGUAAUUGAGAAGGUCGUAGCCCAGAUAUUGCUACAAAAGGAUUCAGACAAUCCAGAUCCAGCAUCCGCUCUGGCCAGCAUCGAUGUUCAGCAAUGGGUAGCAGAGCUGACUGAAGUAUUGGACAAGACGGCUGCAAGUGAAGAGAGAUAUCGCAAGCAGUUAGAAAAGGCCAAGAGAUUAGAAAAGGAAUUGGAUGAGGAGAAGAAGAAAUCGAAAGAGGCAGCUAGUGCUCAAAAAGUUGCCAAUCUUGCUACUGAGAAUGCAACACUGACAUCUUCGAUUGGUGGUCUCAAGAAGGAUUUGGCUGCCUUGGAACAUCUAGUCAAGGAGAGGUUUGAUUCAACGGAUAAUAAAUCAGCUGCUGAAUUGUUGAGUCGAUUACAUGAGAAUAUUGCUAGGAUUGAUGUGCCUGCUGGUGGUAGCAGUAUAGACAGUGGAGCUCCUCCACCUCCGCCACCACCACCAGGAAUGGAAGGAUUUGGAGGUGCACCACCACCACCACCCCCUCCACCUGGCAUGCUAAUGGGAGGUGCUCCUCCCCCACCGCCCCCACCCCCAGGAAUGAUGGGAGGUGCACCACCACCUCCUCCGCCACCUCCAGGAAUGGGUGGACCACCACCACCUCCAAUGCCGCCAGGAAUGGGAGGUCCUCCGCCUCCACCACCUCCGCCAGGAAUGGGAGGUCCUCCACCACCUCCUCCACCACCAGGUUUUGGAGGUCCAGCAGCACCACCACCUGUCCCAACCGGUCCACCGCCCAAGAAACUCAAUCUGUCUACCAAACCGUUGAAGGCACUUAAUUGGACAAAGAUACCUCCGAUUAAAGUGGCGGAUACCAUAUGGGCGCAUAUUGAUGAUCAGGAGAUACACAAUAAGAUGAAGGACAAGUACACAGAGUUGGAGGAUUUGUUUGCUGCGAAGGAGACUGUUAAUUUGAAGAAGGGCGGUGAAGAAGCAGUCGGUAACAAGGAAAUUACAUUUUUGGAUCCUAAACGAUCUCAAAACUGUAAUAUUAUGAUUCGAGCAAUCAAGUUGUCACCUGCUGCUAUCGCUACGGGUGUCAAUGAAGUCGAUUUGCAGACUCUGCAUCGAUCUAUUUUGACAGAGCUGCUCAAGUUUGUGCCAUCUGAUGAAGAAGUAUCAUCACUAAAACAAUACGAAGCAGAAGUCAACCAACUAGCAUCCGCAGAACGUUUCUUGGCUGAAGUAUCGACUGUAAACAAGUAUUCAGAAAAAUUGAAGGCCAUGUCAUUUCGAACUACUUGGGAUGAGUAUACUGAUGAUGCUGAGGCCAUGCUGGCUGGACUGAAUGGUGGUAUUGAGGAUGUAAAGGAGAGUAAGAAGUUUACGAAGGUCUUGCAGAUUAUUCUGGCUGUUGGUAAUUAUAUGAAUCCUGGUCAGCGUGGUGGAGCGUACGGAUUCAAAUUAAGUAGUUUACCCAAGCUCAGUGACACGAAAUCCAACGUCUCAACUCGCAAACACACCCUAAUGCACUACCUCACGACCAUAAUGCGAGAUCGUUUCCCUGAAGCCCAAGACUUUGCCAAUGAGUUAACGCACAUUGAAGAAGCAUCCAAAGUCAGUAUACCGACCAUCCGGCAAAUCCUGAUGGCUGUACGAGACAAUUUGGCAAACUUGAAGGCCUUGUUGGAGACGCUAGAGUCUUCUGAUGCUGUUGGUGAUAGGAAGUAUAUUAAAGAGAUGGGAGAGUUUUAUAAGAAGGCUGAGGAUUAUUUCCAGAGUUUGGAUUCGAGGUUGAAGGACACUGAAAAGCAAUUUGAAUCACUAUGUAACUUGUAUGGAGAAGACCCGAAAACCACCACACCCGAAGAGUUCUUUGGUAUAUUACUGAAAUUCGUGCGAGAUUUCAAUCAGGCACGAGCUGAUAACGAUCAAGCGGUUGCUAAACAAAUCGAGUUGGAUAAGAGGGAGCGUGAGAAAGUGGAUCGAGAACUAGCACGCCGCAAGAAACGAGAAACCAGCCUGUCUUCAGCACCACCGCAAGCAUCAGCCGAGUCUGGAGGAUUGGAUGAUAUGAUAUCGGCGAUCAGGUCAGGAAAAGCGUUUGGUGGAUUUGAUGGUGCGAGAGCGAGGCGAUCUCAGAAUAGUAAUGUAUCGAGUAGUGAAGAUCGACAUGAUUCUUUGCCAAAUGGGAGAGGAAAGAGAUGA